UACAAUAUCAGCUUUACAGAGGCUUAGAACGAAUGUCUCCGCUUUCCUUCCUCUGCAUCAAGGUGUCACGCAACAGGCUGCAGCACCACUGUGGAGGAAAGCCCUCUGCCACCUGUAAGUGCGCCUCCGCUGCAGACUGAGGAUGAAGAAGCAGAAUGUCCGGACCCUGUCGCUCAUCCUCUGCAUGCUGUCCUACUUGCUGGUGGGCGCUGCCGUCUUCGACGCGCUGGAGUCGGAGACGGAGAGCUCCCGCAGGCGCGUCUUGGUGCAGAAGCGCAACGAGAUGAAGAAGAAGUACCGCUUCUCCGAGGAGGACUACCGGGAGAUAGAGCGGGUGGUGCUGCAAGCUGAGCCCCAUCGCGCCGGGAGACAGUGGAAAUUUGCUGGUUCUUUUUACUUUGCAAUUACAGUCAUCACCACUAUUGGGUAUGGCCAUGCAGCACCGGGCACAGACGCAGGAAAGGUGUUCUGCAUGUUCUACGCAGUACUUGGCAUUCCUUUGACUUUGGUCAUGUUCCAGAGCCUGGGAGAGAGGAUGAACACAUUUGUGCGCUACCUCCUCCAUAAGACCAAGCAGUGUUUGGGUCUUAAGCUCACUGAUGUGUCAAUGGAGAACAUGGUUCUCGUGGGCUUCCUGUCCUGUAUUGGAACACUCUGUGUGGGGGCCGCAGCCUUCUCCCACUUUGAGGGAUGGAGCUUCUUCCAUGCUUAUUACUACUGCUUCAUCACACUCACCACUAUCGGCUUUGGUGACUUUGUGGCCCUGCAAAAGAAGGAGGACCUCCAGGAGAAAACUCCUUAUGUGGUUUUCAGUUUCAUGUACAUCCUGGUGGGGCUUACGGUAAUUGGGGCCUUCCUGAAUCUGGUGGUGCUUCGUUUCCUCACCAUGAACAGUGAAGAUGAAAAGAGAGAUGCUCAAGAAAGGGCAUCAUUGAAGAGAGACAGGGGACUCUUGGACGGGGCUCAGGGUCUUCAUGUCGUGGGCGAUCACAGUAGAAACGACCGAAGGGAGAGGAACAGGCACAACAUCGACAACAGCCUCAGCCAGAGUCCGCUCUUCGUCCCGAUGGAAGAAGGAACCAGCCGCACCAACCUCAUUGUGUCUUCAGCAGAAGACCAUGAGAGAGGGACAAACCCCUGCAGACACAGGUUGCAUUUUCAGGUGACGGCAGAUCAGCGUAAGGCAGAGUCAAGCCUGAGCUCGCUGUGCUCCUGUGUGUGCUACCGCCUGGGUAUUUGUGAUAGUCCUCUCAUGGCCCACAGCCAACACAAAGGCUGUCAUGGUGGUUCUGUUUACUACAACUCUGUCUCCUAUAGGAUUCACAGCAGCUCACCAGGCUCCAGGGACAAUACCGGGCUCUCUUCCCCUGGAAGCACACACUCACCAGGGCUUAGCUUCCACCAAUUUCCUCGUUCAAGGAGAAAGUCAGUGUGAGAGCCAGACGGGUCAGCAUUGCAGUUUUUCCUUUUUCAAAAUUUGUACCUCUUUUGGGAACGUUUGGCAUAGAAUAUUUUUUUGUAAAGAGAUGCUGAGGUCCCAACACUAUUACAUGAGCUGCUACUUUCCUUGCACGUUACUCAAGUGCAUGCUGAAUUGAAUGUAAAGCACACAAUGUGGAGAUUUUACUUUAUAUCAGACAAACGAUGUCUUUUAAUCCAUGUUUUUAAAUGAAGGAUGUCCCGACAGUGCUUCCCAAUAACUGUAUUGCUGUUCUGUGAAAUAAGUGAUUGAUCCACAGUGAUUAUUGCACCUGCUUUUGUCUAACCUGCAUACACUUAUAGGUCACAUGUUGCUUUCACUAUUUAAUGAGAUUCAAGAGUGCAAAAAGAAAUAAUGCUCAACAAUGAUUGAAAUUGUCAGAGGUAUUCAUUCAACAAUUUCUUUGUUAGUAUGAUUGUAGUUUGCAGCUGUACAAAACUGUUCUGCAUUAUCACUGAUGAUGGACGAGUGAUUAGUUUUGCAUUAUGUGAAAAGUUUUCAUGAUCUUCCCAUCCAUCCUACCAUUCAUCCAUCCAUCUAUCUUCUUCUGCUUAUCCGAGGUCGGGUCGCGGGGGCAGCAGCCUAAGCAGGGCAGCCCAGACUUCCCAUCUACCCAGCCACUUCGUUCAGCUCCUCCCGGGUGAUCCCUAGGCGUUCCCAGGCCAGCCGGGAAAGAUAGUCUUCCAAACGUGUCCUGGGUCUUCCCCGUGGCCUCCUACUGUUCGGACGUGCCCGAAACACCUCCCUGAGGAGGCGUUCGGGUGGCAUCCUGACCAGAUGCCUGAAGCACCUCAUCUGGCUCAUCUCGAUGUGGAGGAGCAGCGGUUUUAGUUAAAUCUCCUCCCGGAUGUCGGAGCUUCUCACCCUAUCUCUAAUGGAGAGCCCCGCUACCCGGCAGAGGAAACUCAUUUCGGCCGCUUGUACCCGUGAUCUCGUUCUUUCGGUCAUAAUCCAAAGCUCAUGACCCUAGGUGAGGAUGGCUCCCAGUCAGGCAAAUAAUGUAUUACAAAAUCCUUUUAUAUUCUUUCAAGGCCAUCACUCUUUCCUGUUUUAACACCUCCAGCAUGUUCCUUCAAACCCCCCUCUUCCAUCCACCUUGCUGUG